GAAUAUCAUAUUGGGAUGAAGAAUUUUCGAAUCACUGCUGUCAAAUGUAGUUUCGGUUUGCUACGGAAGAUUUCGUCAGUUCUCUAUUACAUCUUCGAUAGUGAGCACCAAAAUUUUCGGUGGUUAAAAGUUUCCUUUGGAUCCCGGUUGUCAAGAAGUGCCCUAAAAUUAAAAUCAUGUACAUGUACGUCAACCCGAAUUACGUCUUGGUUGGGGGCCCCUGCUGCGGUGGAUGUGGUCCCUGUGGCGGUGGCUGUGGUCCAUGCUGUGGUCCUUGCGGAGGAUGUGGCCCCUGCUGUGGUCCUUGCGGCGGAUGUGGACCUUGCUGUGGCGGCACCAGCAGUUUUUGCGGUUGCGGUCCCUGUUGCUGAUCGAGAUAACCGGGAAACCUACGGGACAACUUGAGGCUGCCAUGUAAAUCUCGAAAAUAAAACUGGGGAAAUUAAA